CCUCCUCACCAGCCAAUAACAGAGUAGGUGCCUGUUAUUUUGGAACCUGCCUUGGGCAGAGAAGUUGAAUUGUAUGUACGUCCUGGAAACAGCAAAAGCAUCAAGGGCUGGAGACAGAGAGAGGGGCCUACAGAAGAUGACGGAAUACAAGCUGGUCGUGGUUGGAGCUGGUGGCGUGGGCAAGAGUGCGCUGACGAUACAGCUGAUUCAGAACCAUUUCGUAGAUGAAUACGACCCUACAAUAGAGGAUUCGUACAGGAAGCAAGUUGUCAUAGAUGGCGAGACCUGCCUCUUGGACAUUCUAGACACAGCCGGCCAAGAGGAGUACAGUGCCAUGAGGGACCAGUACAUGAGGACGGGCGAAGGCUUUUUAUGCGUAUUUGCUAUAAAUAACACAAAGUCUUUCGAAGAUAUUCAUCAUUAUAGGGAACAAAUAAAAAGAGUGAAAGAUUCUGAAGAUGUCCCCAUGGUGCUAGUAGGAAACAAAUGUGAUUUGCCUUCGAGAACCGUAGACACAAAACAAGCUCAGGACUUAGCUAGAAGUUACGGAAUUCCUUUCAUCGAAACCUCUGCGAAAACGAGACAGAGAGUGGAGGAUGCAUUUUAUACAUUGGUGCGAGAGAUCCGCCAGUACAGAUUGAGAAAAAUCAGCACAGAAGAAAAGACUCCUGGGUGCGUGAAAAUUAAAAAAUGCCUUUUAAUGGGCGUUGACGAUGCCUUCUACACAUUAGUCCGGGAAAUCCGAAAACACAAGGAGAAGAUGAGCAAAGACGGCAAAAAGAAGAAAAAGAAGUCGAAGACAAAGUGUAUAAUUAUGUAAAUGCAAUUUAACCCUUCGUCCUUAAGGUGUACGUCGGUAAAACGUGAUUCAUUUUUGUACCAUUACACUAAAUUAUUAGCACACACGUUUCUAGCAUUACUUUAAAACAGACACCUUCCCUCUCUCCCUGCUUUGUGAACCCAUCGGAUGCCUUUUCUGGAUGCUUGCGUUUCAGUGACAGUGGAAAGCAUUCCUAAAGUGCCAGUAUUCCUGGAGUUUCGGUUCUUGAACCUAGCGAUGCCUGUGAUCAAUUAAGAACACCCGAGAACAUUUUUAUCCGGUGGUAUUUGGGUGCAUGCGAAACUUGCUAAUGUCUUCUGAUUCCCCCACCUACUCCUCCU